UGGAUGUCCCCUAUACAACACAGCACCCCGGGUUUCGUCUCCUUUGACAUUGGAUGGAUCUAGACUAGAUAAUAUCUUUCUUUUUCUGAGGUUGAAGAAGGAGUCUAGCCAUGGAGAUCAAAUGGGAUGAAAUAGAGAGGUUCUUGACUUCCAUUUUGAAGAAGCGGAAACUAAUGAAAAGGAUGGGACAUAACAAAGAGGUUGACAUGGCAAACGUGUGAUAGAACACUUGAAGUAAAGGAUGAGAAGUUGGCCGCAUCACCAUUGUUUUAUUCGAACUUAAAUUAAAUAUUGUUAAAAUUUUAGAUAUCAAAAUGUUAAAUUUUGAAACGCAGGAAAAAACGAACGUUUGAACAAAGAGUCAUUUAUUAUUGUCUUAGGUUAUUAUAGUUUGAUAUCGUGUGUAGAUUAAUUUAAUUUGAAUCAUAAAAGUAUAUUUAUAAAAAAAAAAGAUUGAAUUAUGGAAUAAUAAAAAGGGUAGCAAAUUGUUAGCAAAUUGGGAGAGAAAGGGAAAGUUGUUAUUAUUGGUGAAGGGUGUGAGAAUUGGGUCAACCCAAUUACGGAAGAAUGAAAAGGAAGGCAUUAGGCAUAGGCUUAUACAUUUGUACAAGUCAAGAAAACCAUUUUCAUUCCUUAAUUUCACAUUCAAAUCUGACUGCAAUUUUAUUGCUUCCAUAUUUUCUCAUCCACAAAACUCUCAAUUUCCCACUCAUUCUCUUCUCUGAACAUCAAAAUUCCUCACCCCUUCCUUGUUUUUUCACCCAAUCGGUUUUCUGAUUCUCUUCUUCCAGCUUCAGAGAGAAUGAUCGACCUCGAUUCUCAUCACCACUCCCAAUCAGAAGAAGAUUGUAGAAAUGCAGAUGAUGGAGCCUCAAGCUUGGAUAAAUCCCCAGCAAGACAACAGAAAUCUGAGUUUAGUUUGGGUAUCAUUUCUUCUUCUUCUUCUUCUUCAUCAUCGUCAUCUAGCUCUGAUGAGUCUACUCCAAGUUCAAUUUUAGAUUCGGCCCCAAAUUUCAUGAAGACCACUACCAGCUCAGAAGCGAGAAGGAACUAUUACCAGAAAUCAAAUCGCUCUGGUUCAAAGCCUUCCAGAACUUUGACAAGAAUGUCGAGUUCUAGAUUCAAAAGAACAUUGAUCAGGAAGUCUACCGAUGAGCGAGAAUUGGAAUUUCCAGUAAGUUCUCGCAAAUCUAAAUUGGAGAAUCAGAACAUUGGGCAACAAAAAUCAAAUUCGACGAUCUCAGGGAUAAUGUUAACUAGAAAGCCAUCACUUAAACCUGUAAGGAAGUUAGCGAAAUUGGCUGCUUCUAAGUCCAAGAAAUGUUCAAAUAUGGAAAUAUCUGAGUUAAAUCCAGAAUCUUGUGUUGAAAAGGCCACAUGUUCUUCGACCUUCAAGGGUUCUAAGUUUCCUGAUAGCAUUGAGCUCCAACCAGGAGAAGAGAAAGAAUCUGAAAAACUUGCUGUCAAAAAGAUUUGUCCUUAUAGCUAUUGUUCCCUCCAUGGUCAUUCUCAUGGAAAUACCCCUCCGUUGAAGCGUUUCAAGUCUAUAAGGAAACGUGCUUUGAGAGCUAACAAUAACAAGAGCGAGAGUGAACCACCUUUUCAAGCCAAACAAUCUGGAAAUAGGAAGAAAGGUCUUCGAGCAAGCAAAAUGGUUGACAGAGAAAGAUCAGUAGCUAAUGAGACGAUGAACGCAGACAUGUUAGUACGUGCUGCAGAGGAAGAAUCUGAUCCUAGUGUUCUUAGGGAUAUCGAUACGGGAGUAUUAUCCAAUAUGAAGGAAAGUAAAUUGGAUGCAGAUGAAUGCAAAUUGGAUGCAGUAAAUUGGAUGCAGAUGAAUGCAAGCAAAGUGGUUGACAGAGAAAGAUCAGUAGCUAAUGAGACGAUGAACGGAGACAUGUUAGUAUGUGCUACAGAGGAAGAAUCUGAUCCUAGUGUUCUUAGGGAUAUCGAUACGGGAGAAUUAUCCAAUAUGAAGGAAAGUAAAUUGGAUGCAGAUGAAUGCAACUUGAAGGACACUUUGGGAUCUUCUGCUUUUGGUUAUGAGGAAAUGGAACAUCAGAGGGAAGCUGAUGAAAAUCCAAAGGAAGAUUUGGCAGUGGAGAUCGAUAGUCUAUCGCGUACGAGCUCCAGCUCUAGUAUCAGCUUAAAUUUUACAGCAGAAGUGCAGGAGAUAAAUCCCAAGUACAUCAGAAUGUGGCAGUUGGUAUAUAAGAAUGUAGUGGACAGUGACUCUGGCAAUGUUGGUAAUGAACUACCUAUUCUUCAGGUGAAGGAAACGUCAAAGGAAGUUGACAACAAAUUGCUUGUAGAUACCAACUCCAACUCCUUUAAGCUUGUCUCCAAUGUCGAUCAGGAAGGAGCAGAUGUGUCUCCUCAUGCAGCAGCAGCCUAUAGAAAACUUGAGCUCUUCAAGAACGAAGCUAUUAAGCUAGUGCAAGAAGCUUUUGAUAGAAUCCUUCUACCAGAGAUUCAAGAACAACAAUCUCUAUCUCGUGACUGGAAUUCAGAAGAGAAGCUGCCGGAAAGGAUUCCGGCUGAAGUUAGAGGAUCAAACCUCCUAACGUCUUCUUCCAGUACUCAUUCUGCAGGAGAGGAUCUUGCACAAGAUGCAGAAGACACGCAAACAAAAGUUGAGAAUUCACCAUCUAUUGAGGAAAAGAAAACAAUGCCAAUUGAGAACAGAAAUCAGUCGGGACCUAAGAGAUGGAGUAACCUUAAAAAGUUAAUUCUUCUCAAGAGAUUUGUCAAGGCUUUGGAGAAAGUAAAAAAGAUUAACCCACAGAAGCAGCCACGUUUUCUAUCACUCAAGCCUGACCCAGAAGGAGAGAAGGUUCAUCUUCAACGUCAAACGACAGAAGAAAGGAAAAACAAUGAGGAAUGGAUGCUUGAUUAUGCAUUACAACAGGUUAUCUCAAAGUUACAACCAGCUCAGAAGAAGAGAGUUUCUCUGCUUGUAGAAGCUUUCGAAACAGUUCUUCCAGUGCCUGGAGUUGAGGCUCACAUCAAGACCAAAGUAGCUUCUGAUGGAACUGAUAAAGAAAGUGAACGUCAAAAUAGUGCUGAUAAUACCUUUUUUGGGAAUCUUUUGAACAUGAAAAAUAUUGUCCAAGCGUCUGCAGGCCAAGCAAACAAUAUAAACAAGGUCGGAAACAGGAAUUCCAUGACAUUUUCUAUUAAAAGUGAAGCAAACUUGGAACAACUUGAGAAACCAGAACAAGAUCAAGCUAUUCAUGAAAAUACUGGUAUAGGGUGGAGAGUAGGGGACGUUGCGGUAAAAAAAGAGGUCAAUGUGAAAGGAUCCUAUCCUGAGCCAGUCGAUAUAUGUUUGCCAGAGGCCAACUAUGCCAUAUUAGACAGGGAGACCGCCAAGAAGCCAAAAGACACUAGCUAUGAAGAGGUUUCAGUAAAUGGAAAACUUCUAAAGAUAUCUAAAAAUGUAAUUGCACGUUUAAACACUGAACUACUUCAGAAUGAAGAUCUGGAGCCUGAUAAAAAUAUAUCCAAAAGUGAUGGUUCGAUCAGUGUAACUAGUGGAGUAUCUGAUAUAUCCAAAAGCCUUUCUUCAGAAGAAUAUGAGACAUCAGCAGCAGCUAGAAGUCUUACUUGUGAAGAACACAAGAAAUCAACUGAAGUCAAUGAACUACUGGAAAAAACAAGGGCUGCUAUAUUCGAUAGAAGUCGGAUAGCUCAAUCAAAACCUGGUUCCACGCAAGCAAAAUCUGUUACUCCAGAGGAAACCAAUGCUGCUUCCAGCAUUGGUGAAGCAAGUGAAAAACGGGUUGAGGAAAAGAAAAAUGCAAGCAUGUGGUUCUUGAUAUACAAGCACAUGGCUUCAAGUAUUGAUGCUGAAAAUGGUUCGAAGCCUCUCGUUAGUGAGGAGGCUGACAAGGAUGAAAAGGAAUUUUCCUCAAGAAAACAAAAUAUGGAAUUGGAAAAUAACUUUGUGAAUGACCCAGAUGUGAAACUCCAAUGCAUUGAAGCCAUAAAGCUCGUAAAUGAAGCAAUUGAUGAGAUUCCUCUUCCAGAAAACAAUACCUCGCCCCAUGAUGGAUCAUUCUCCAGCAACUUGAUCAGAGACCCAGGAUUAUUCCUAGAAGAGAAACAAGAUGCCUCUGAGAUAAAAGACAGAAAAGGGGAAGCAUACGAUACUACUGAUUCUAAUGUUGAUGAAGGAUCAACGAAUGCUGUUGAUUUAAACAGCCAGGAUGAUGAAAAAGAGCCAAAGUUUGGAAGCAAAGACAAUCGGCAAGUUCUAAAGAAUUGGAGCAAUUUGAAAAAAGUUAUUCUUUUGAAGAGAUUUCUCAAAGCAAUAGAGAAAGUAAAGAAAUUCAACCCAAAAAAACCAAAUUUUUUGCCUUUGACGCAAGAUGCAGAAUCAGAAAAAGUUCAAUUGAGGCAUCAAGACACAGAAGAUAGAAAGAAUGCAGAGGAAUGGAUGCUUGAUUACGCACUUCAGCAGGCCGUGGCCAAACUCACUCCUGCUCGUAAGCGAAAAGUCGAGUUACUCGUACAAGCUUUCGAGACAGUAAAUCCAACAAUCAGUAAGUGACAAUAACCUUAGCAUCAAUUCUUCAUUGCAUUCAUUUGCACAUUUUUUAUGCUGCAUCUUGUAAGACCAAAGAUCUUCUCAAUCUUUUUUUUGCUUUUAGUUCUUUUAUUGUAUAUUCAUUUUUGUCUUUUGGUCUGUUGGAGAAAAGGGUUACUUCCAUGGCCCUUAUAGCGUGAAAUUUCUUAUGAUUUUCAAAAGUUUGAAGUGUUGGACUGUGAAUAUGAAGGGUAGUUUAAGUACUUGUAGAUGCACCAAAAGAACUGUAUUUUUCACUGUUUUGAUCAUUCUCUAUAUGUUGUAAAAGCGUAUAAAUUAUCAAGGAAAAGUAGAAUUAUUUUAUUCCGACCUUGAUUUA